AUGUCGACCCCCGCGAGAACGUUCAACAACCUGCGCAAGAUUGGCAUUAAGGAAUACUUCCGCCAGAUGCUGUACAUUGGCGACACCAAACACGGUCGUCUAGUCGGCGAGGACAAGGCGGGCAACAAGUUCUUCGAGAACAACGACGAACUUCCCUUGCGUACGCGAUGGGUGGACUUUAAGAAGCAUGACUACGACUCUGCCCAGGUUGAGCCUGGUUGGCACGCGUGGCUGGCGUACAUGGUUGACAAGCCGCCCACCGAAGAUGCUCUUCUUCAUACCAAGACGCGGAAGUGGGAGGCCCCGCACGUUCUUCCCAACUUCACUGCGACACGAGGAGCUUUCAAGACCUACAACACGACGAAGCCAAAGGUUUUCACUUGGGAGCCCAAGGCUAUUGAGAGACAAUGA